CGGGCUGUGAGGAGGCGGAGGAGCAGUGCGCAGACAUCGCAUGGUGCAGUGCUGGAGCCACCAAGCGCCCCGGGGUGACUGUAACAGUGAAAGGGUGUAAAGCCAGUGUGAUAAUAUAGAGUAUUACCGGACAGAGCCCUCUGACAGGGCUGUAUAGCCUCGAUCUAACAGGUAGAUAGACACCAGGUGGGCUAUCAGUAUGAUUAUCAACAUUUAAAGGAAAACUCUAAACACCAUAACCACUGCAUAUAUUUUAUUAUAGUGGUUAUGGUGCCAGGAGUGCUCUGGCGUUUUCCUAUUGUAAGAAUUCCAAACAUGGACCUCCCAGGGUUCCGCAUGGAGCCCACUGCUGCAUCUAGACUUCUCCUGCAACAGCGCGUAGCCACCGCAAAAUAAAGCAGGACUGACGCAGGACUGCGCUCGUUAACUGAGAGCGUUACACUAAUGCGCUCAGCCAAUGAGCCCUGCAGCCUGUGGCAGAAUCCGCAUUCUCCUGCAGGAGAAGACCCGAUGUAGAGGAUACAGCUGCAGGACCCGGGUAAGUUGUCAAACAGCACUAAUACAGUUUGACGACUUACAGUUGCCAGGGCACCCCUGUCACCAAAACCAUUGUGGGCUGUGGUAGUUAUGGUCCUUGGUGUGUUCCUUUAAUGCUUCCCAGUUUUGACCAUUUUACCGUAAGCAUUAGAAAUAUUCAUUCAGGUCUGUGAUGUUUCCUAUAAAUAGAAGGGAGAUUUAAAAUGUACCUGUAAUUACCCCCCACCUCCCGCCCUAAAACUUAUGCUCAUUUUAACAAUCACAAGAUUUCAUCUAUACAUUGGGGUAGCAGGUUUCAUAGCAAAUAUAUAGAUUAUGAGAAAAAAACUAUUUAAAAUAAUUGUUUCUCCCACUUCUUAGACUCUAUAUUGCCUGUCGAUUUGACUGUCAAAGGACAGCAAAAAUGCUACGAAACAUUUCAUGGGCCAUUUAUUUGUAUAUUUAUAUGUACGUAAUGUAAUUCAUUGACCGAGAGUAAUCAGCUGACCCUCAGUGCCCAGCAGGACCAGGUAAGAGGGCAAAGCUUUGUAGAACAGUUUGCCCCAUUACUGGGAAAUUGCACCACUUCUACCAUCAUAACCCCUAAAGCAAGAAGUAAUCAUUUUACAUAUGGACACAAGUGUGUGUGUGUGUGUGUGUGUGUGUGUAUAUAUAUAUAUAUAUAUAUAUAUAUAAAACCCUUUAACAUAUUGGCACUAGUACAUACAUAUCUGACGUAUAUGGAGCCUAUUUCUCCUCAAUGGCCAUUGCACAUGGACUUCUCUGUGCUCCGUAAACAAUAGAAUGAAUUCCAUAUGCUUCAUGACCCAUAAACAAUACCACUUGUACCCGUUCUCUCUCAGCAGAUUUCUCAUUGCUACCACCUGAUUGUGAAGAUGGGUGUUUAGUUCUUGAAAUUCCCAGUUUAUAAAUACAUGUGAGAAUAAAUUUAUGUACGGCUCCAAACUCGAGUUGGAUACACAGGUCGCACACAUCAGGAUCUCCUAAGCACAAGAGACAGUAAUUGCAAAUUAAAAUUGUGUUAUUAGACCCACGGUAAUUUUAAUUUCCAAACCAAAGCUCCUAAUUCAGCACUGUUGCAGUUAACAUGUUACAGCCCUGAUGUCAAUAGAAAAAAAUGAUGAAAGAGUUGUAUCCUGAAAAGUCAUAUAAAAAUGUAAUAGGAGUGGAGUUAGCAAUAGAAUGGGCAUGCUUGUACCACUGGUUUCCAUAGUGAUCCCAUGUUGCUAGUCUGGUGUGUUUUGUGAUAAUGGUUUCCAUGGUGAUUCCGUGGUGCAAUUUCAGUGUAUUUUCUUAUAAAAUUGAUUCACUAUCCGGUUUAUUUUUCACAAAUGUGUUAACUGUUGGAAAUUAAAAACGAUUUUUAACGUGUUGUGCCUAUAGAUCUAAAUUUGCCACCUAUGGCCUCGAAUUAAUUAGUUUGAAAGCUUUUUAAAUGAUCACACUCUGUUGGUAAAACAUAUCAAAUGAUAUAUUUAAAAAGUGACUUCUGUAGAUAAAUAAUUUGAAAACUUUAUCUAACAGAUUGUGAUCAUUUGAAAAACGUAUCCUAAAUAAUUAAACUGUUGCCUAUUAGUGAUGUCCCGAACGGUUCGCUGAACGGUUCGCCGCGGAUUCAUCAUUGAGUAAACUUUGACCCUGUACCUCACAGUCAGCAGACACAUUCCAGCCAAUCAGCAGCAGACCCUCCCUCCCAGACCCUCCCACCUCCUGGACAGCUCACUAAGUGCUGAAUGUGAGGUACAGGGUCAAAGUUUACUCAAUGAUGAGUCCGCGGCGAACCGUUUGGGACAUCACUAUUGCCUAUGUUUCCAGUUCCUACAGCUAUUUGGCUUGCAGUUUAAAAUUCAUUUCAAAUUAGUAAUUUAAAUGAAUAAUUCACAUUGUAACGAAUAACUAUGAUAGUGUGGGCCUUAAAGAUGUUUGGGCCAGGAAUACUCUUCAAUUUACCUUUGAACAUAAACACAAAUCUUUUUGCUGCUUUCUAAAUUUGUAAUUUGUUGUAUCAAAGCUAAGAAUUGUAGUACUGCUUUUGUUCUUAGAGACAGAACAUUAAUUAUCAAUAUUACAAACAUUUAUUCAUUCAAAUUUUAAUUUUUUUUAUCUCAGUUGGGAUUUGUUUUUUCAUACUGGUAGUUUCUCGUUUUUUUUUUUACAUUUCCCAAUAUUCAAUUAGUGUAACAAUUAUAGGAAGUACUACAGAUGCGCUGAGUUUACUAUUGUUAUUGUGAUAUCUUUUGUAAAUUAUGUAAUCGCUAUAUAACACCUGUUAUAUAGUCUGUCAAACUGAUAAGUAUUGCUUCUGGUCUAAAAAAAACUGUCUUUCUAUAUAUAUAUAUAUAUAUAUAUAUAUAUAUAUAUAUAGUCUAAUAAAGCUGUUACUACAAUGUUUUCCUUAUUUUUGUAAAUUCGAAUAAUUAACUUCAUGUGUGUUUAAAUAUUUUUUUUUUCUGUCAAGAGACAAUGGCGGCAAGCGAUGGUAAAACACGGAAACAUAAAUGGUCAAGUCCAACAGAAAUGUCCCCAAACAAGUAUCUUAAAGGUACUGAGACCAGACUCCCUCGAAGAGUCAGUUAUACUAAAGCCCAUGAAUCUGAAACUGUUAACGUGACGCAGAAUAGACACGUAACCCUAUACGAAUGUGAGACAGAUGCCCGAAACAGCCCGAGUUCCAAGACGCUGGAUGAUGAAACUAUUUAUUCUAGCCCUGCUACUGCAAAGGGCAAACUAAGGAGACGCCAGCGAAGUGACCCUUCCACAUGUGACACUACCCAGCUGGAUACAUCUGCAGAUUUAGUUACUGGACAUUCAGAUGCUUUUAGAAGAGAGGUACAAAAUACCAACUGAUAUAUGUUUUGACACAGCAAAAAAGCAAACUUUAUUUAUACAGGGAAUAAUGUACAGUAUGGCUGCCAUCUUUCAAUUUGGCAACCCCUAAUCUCUGGUGGCAGUGGGAAUUUUUGUUCCUGGACUGCAGUUGCAUGAUGUUGCUAUUUAAUUCAGCACUUUCCAGAGCUUAAUUAAUGGUGGGGGGAGCAAAUAGCAACUGCUACCCUAUGGUUUUGCUCCAACCGAUAUCAGGCAGACAAGAACCCUGUCCCACUGAUAUCCUGAGAUUAAAGGAGCCUUAAAGGAACUCUGUAGUUAUCCAUAACACUUCAUCCUAAUAAAGUGGUCUGGGAGCAGUGGUCCGUUCCUUUUUAACCCUAGUAUGUAAAUCACUACAGUUAUUUAGAAACUGUAAUGUUUACAUUGCAUGGUUAAAUGCACAUCUAGUGUCUGUCUUCCUCCUCCAGACUGAGUAAAAUUUGUUCUGGGAAUCAGAUGUUGCCGAUAGCAGGAUUUGAUUGGAGUAGCAGAGCAUUUGAAUAUUUAUGAGAAGCAAUGGAUUGAAGGAGUUUUUGGGUGAUGUGAGCUUUGAUGCUGACGUCAGUGGAGUGGACCCAGCGCAGGAAGCGAGUUGAUUAAUCUUUAUUUGAUUUUACUUUUUUUUUUUUAAGCAAAGAGGGGUGGGGAUGGGGGUGCGGCGUAGACAGUAGAAAAUCAUUGGUUUCGAAAUAACAGUUGUUAUCUUCAGACUAUGAGUUCCCUUUAAAACCUUCUCUGCCCCUUGACAGUAUGAAAUAAAGUAAUACAUGAUGGUGAAGCAAAUGUUAGUGGAAUAUAAUGCCAUCUCGUGAUUUUGGAGAUCUUUGUAAACCACUUGACCUUAGCUAUUGUGGUUCAGUAUGAUAUAAGCAGAACUCCUUGUUGGCAUUAUUUCCCCAAAAUGUGUUUUUCGUUUGCCUGCAUUUAGCAAAUUAAAGAAUACCUCCCUUUCUGACAUGAAAAUUUUAAUGCCUUAAAUAAUUAUAUCAACAGGAGUUGCAAUAUUACUGUCAGUUUUCUUUUAACCUUUAAGGUCAUAUGAGCAUUUUUGGGGGUUUGCUGACUGAUGCUUAAUAUUGGAAAUACACAUUUCUUUAUUCUUGUGUAGGACGUCAUUGUAAAUGUACACAUAUGUCUAAAUAAAGCUCAAUAUUUGUCUCCCAUUCCCAUCUCAUGGCUGUGUAAAUGCGUAAAUCAGGUUUGUCAAAAAAAUACAACUAACAUUUUACCUUUUUUUUUUUAAAUUAAAGGGACAUUAUAGUCACCAGAACAAUUACAGCUUAUUGUAUUUGUUUUGGUGAGUAUAACCAUUCCCUUCAGGCUUUUUGUAGUAAACAUUUUUUUCAGAGAAAUGGCAGUGUUUACAUUACAGCUAGGGACACCUCCACUGGCCACUCCUCAGAUGGCUACUAGAGGUGCUUCCUGGGGCAGUGCUGCUCAGUGUACAGCACCGCAAUUCAGUGUCUCCACCCUCUGCUUUACUACUUGUGCCUAGAAGUCAAUUCUAAUAGGUUACUCAUGGCAUCUGGUAUUGUUUGGAUGAAAAGCUUCCAUAUGCAUGAUAUGGCUCUAUUUGCCAAGCUGUGCAACGGACAGGAGCUGGAGAUGUUUACAUACAUACCUAGAAAUAUAUACAAAAUAUUGCAACAACAUCUUUAGGGCAAUAGCUCAUUUAUCCUGUAUUUGUCAAAGCAUAUAUUAAUAAUGUUGCUUGCUAUGUCAUUUUUUUCAGCUUUUAAAGAAUUCAAAGUAUUGUCACAAAGCUAGUGAGAUGUAUUCUUAUGCAUAUCAAGCUGUUUUUACUAUUAUGCUGAUUGGGUGCUUACUCUUAGGUUCGUACACAUGAAACAGAAAACCGUGAUGACACAACAUUACAUAAAGAUGGACCCAGCUUCAGGAAGCCAAGAGCUCACGAUCCCUCAAUGAUUUUUAAAAAAGCAUUCCAGGACAUCAUUGGAACCCCUGUGAGAAGCAAGCGGACAAGCAAUGAACAUAAAAGUUCUUCUGAUAAAGAACAUCAACGUGGAUCAGAUGAAUGUGACCUCAAAGUGUUCGUUCCUGGUGCAGGCAUUGCAAAGAAGAGUGAGCACCACUCAGAUGAAGAUGAUGUUCAAAAAGAAGCACCUGAAAGAUUAUCCGAUUCUAGUGAUGUUGUCACAGAAUUGCCAAACAAAUCAGAAGCCAAUGUACAUGAGGAAACCCAAAGGCUUGUGUUUCUGUAUGACGAUUCAGAUGAAGACACCAAUACAGUAAGUGCUGAAAUACAGAGGAGCAUUGGCAAAGAUUUCCAAGAGCCCAUUGAUUCAUUAUAAGUUAAUUGAAUGAUUAUACAUAUUUGAAUGGUUUGUAAUUCAUGUUAAAGGAAUACUCUAAGCACUAAACCACUACAACAUUCUUCAUUGAUCCAAUGGUGAACUGUCAAACUGGUUAAGAAGAAGGAUUAAGAACUUCUGCUUUGCCAUACCAGAUCAGACUAGAAGCAGCACCGAAACAUUGCAGUGACAGGUGAGUAUAAAACCUUUUUUAAGUGGUUUGACAGACUCCUGGUACCACAAUCACAACUUCACCCUGUAGUGGUUAUGGUGCUUAGAAUAUCUCAUUAAAUUAGACCUGCUGUGCAAAUAUGAGAUAAGACACUUUAUAAAUUACAACAUCUCAUGUCGAUAUUGUUCCAGUUAAACAAUAUAGCUCAGUUUUGCGUGUGUCCCUGGUGCAGAAGGGGUUAAAAACCCUUUGACACUUACCUGAAUCCAGUGCCGAUGUCCUUUGGCCUGGGUCAUGCCCCGCCUCCUCUCCUCCACCGAGGACAGCUGGAAGAGGCCCUAAUGCGCAUGUGCGGCGAGCGCCGUGAUCGCAUUAUGACUUCCCCCAUAGGAAAGCAUUGUAUAAUACAUUCCUAUGGGAUUUUGGGUCUCACUGGAUUCCUCAUGCAUAGCGUGAUGAAAAGAUGCCUAACCAGCUGGAAGUCCCUCUAGUGGCUGUCUGGUAGACAAAACAAUUUUUUAACCAAAACUGCAAUAAUUACAAUUGCAGGGUUAAGGUGCCUGAGAAACUGCACCCAGACCAUUUCAGUUAGCUGAAGUGGUCUGGGUGCAUAUAGGGUCCCUUUAAGUAUCGUUAAAGGGACAUUCCAGACCACAAAACAACUUUUGCUUGCUGAAGAGCUUUAUGUGUGAAGAGUGAGUCCUUUUUAUAUCAUUUUGGAAAAAGUUCAGAUUUCAAUGGAAAUUGACACUUUUAUAAAUUAUAUUGGUUACACCCCUUGGCUUUUCAAGUAGACAACUGGUCCUGUUACUUCCUAGUUGGUUAGAUUAUUUGCACUUGCGUUGCAAAUGGGGAAUCUGUGAUUGAACAGUCGCAUAAAGUCUUGGUUGGGUUAGAAGAGGAGUCUUGCAAAGACAGCAGGCAAGAGAUCUGAAGUUUUUGCAAGCUGUUUUAGAUACAGCUUCAAUGAAAAAAUUACAUAAUUAACUGCAUGCAAAUUUUCAUUUGGAGCAUAUCUACUAAACAGUGAUUUUUAUUCAUUUUGUAAUUGGGCAGUGGAGUGUCCCUUUAAUACUGGUUUAAAAAGUGGUCCGUGGUUUAUAGACAAGAUUCUCAGUCUCCUCCCUGUCCAGGUCCACAACCCUUAUAGAAACACAGAAUGUGACAGCAGAUAAGAACCAUUCAGCCUAUCUAGUCUGCCCUAUUUUCUAAAUACUUCCAUUAGUCCCUGGCCUUAUCUUAUAGCUAGGAUAGCCUUAUGCCUAUCCCACGCAUGCUUUAACUCCUUCACUGUGUUAACCUCUACCACUUCGGCUGGAAGGCUAUUCCAUGCAUCCACUAUCCUCUCAGUAAAGUAAUACUUCAAGAUUUUUAUUUUUUAUUUUUUUUAUUAUUCUUUGUUUUACUUGUGCAUAGGUAUUACAGACAGGCAAUGCCACAAUAGCAUGAGCUAGCCACGUAAACCACACAAAAGAAACAUUGAUCUGUCAUGGUCAUAGCACAUUUUUAUAUGAUAAAAUAGGUCGCUUAUGUCGUAGGUACUGCUCAAUAUGUUUUAAAGUAAAGAACAAGAACUACGUGAGACAGUGUGGCAUGUGAGAAAAGAAACUGAAGGAUAUCACAAAACUGAGAAACACAUGCCUUGGCUACUAAAGAUCCUUGAGCCCAACCAUAUGCUUAGCCAAUCAGUGGAGCACGACGAUAAAAAGAAAAUAACAUAAGGAAAGCGAGUCAGACAUGAAGAGGUACCCCCAGCCCCCACCUAGAGACCACUCAAUCCCCUCCACCAGCAGGUCACCGUCCCUUCAAACAGAUGUGAUACCUCAGGCAUACCGCCAGACUGCUACCCAGGUUGUAUAACUAGUUGCUGCAGAGUGUAUUCGGGUCAUCCGCUUGUAGUUGGUAUAGAGGAGUCCUUCAGUGGCUCCACUCAUAUCUUUUAGUGGCACAGCUGUAGGGCACCAAGCGCUCUCCGUUGUGGGGCUGCGGUGUCGAUUAUUAGCACCCAGGUCAGACCAUUAGAGCCGUAAGUAUUCCAAGUGCUGAUUUCCAUGGUUGUCCACAGAGGGCGCCAAGAGCCCCGAGGGAGACCACCUUCUUCAUGAGUGCUCGAGGUUUAGAGCAGGUAUCGCCGCCAUCUUGAGAGGCGAGUGUGACCUGGCAUUAUCUGGGCCCCCCUGGCCCAGAGAGGGGGAAACGGGGCUGGAGCCACGCAAAUCAGGAGGUCCCUUCCAUUGCUGACGGACAGGAUAGCAGAGUGGCGGCCGUCCACUCCACUCACCACCUGAGCAUGAUUGGUUGCUGGAUGUUUCGCCACAAGGGAGCAGGGUGUGGAUUCCAGGCUCAGAAGGUGAGUUAGCACCCUUGGUUUAUGUGGGUUAUCACUCCUCCGCUCCAGACACCGUUCAGAACCCAUAAAUUGGUCCAAAAGUUUAUUGAUAACAGGAGCUGAUCUUCCAUACGUCCAGUCAGCAUGGCAGCCUUAGGUUAUAAAGAUUGUAAACAAAAACAAGAAAUUGUCACACACAUCAGAUCAAGCUCUACACUUGGUUCUUUGCUGACAGGAGUAGCAUACUCUUAAUCCUAGAUAGCUUUAAGGAGUGACCUGGCACACAAGCCAUAUAAUAAGGAAGAUUUUAUUAAGGACAAGCUAAGAGACAACGUUUCAACUCCAUACCAGGUUCUUUCCCUAGUCAAAACAAGCCAACACACCAUGUACAUAUAUGUAGAAUAAAAACUACUUUUAAAAAAUUGCAGUCAGAUUACUUUAUAAAAUUUGAAACCGUACAGAGACAUUGAAAGGAAGUGGUGUACCAGCGAUACAAACUAGUCCGAAACAAGAAGUGACAUAAGGCGUCUCACACAUCCAUAGCAACAUCAUUAAUGACCCAUUUUGUUACCAUAGUGAGGAGUCUCUGCUAGUGAAGGUUAUAUUUUAUUUUUGUUUCUGCCCACACUAGCGGAUUUUCCACACUGUGGUAACAAAGUGGGUUGCUAUGGACGGGAUAGGCACAUAUGAUGUCAAUUCCGACCUCUUGGCUGUUCCUAAUAAUAGCUACCUUAUGUAGCUUGUAUGCCUGGGCAGAGAUAUUAAAGAUUGUAAACCACGUGUUGAGACGUAAAGUUUAUAAUCAGUUGUGGUACUUAUAGGCAUUGUUACAUAUUACUUUUAUGUUGACUUCAUAGUGAAGAGUCCUGUUUCUUGUCUUCACCGGUUGAUUUUAUUUUCUAGGGAGGGGUUGUGGAAAAGGACCCAUCUAUAGGAAGUGACUUCUCCGAUGUAGAAGAUGUCCACUCUUUGGCCAGGUUUUCUCAAGAAGAUCCAAUUCCUUCAUGCUGUUCCAUACCGAAGGCAUAUAGUGGUACAUCUUCAAGUUAUGUUAUGUACCCGCCUUACCUAUAUAAAAGUCCGUGGUGUAAUUACACAGACCAGUGGACAAGUAGCCCAGUGUAUAAACCGUGCACUGAACAGGACAUUUGGCGCCAGGAAGAAUCUAAUGGCAGCCUCAUAUCGGACCAUUGUACAGACUGGUUAGAGAAAUCUUCUCUCAGUGUCUCCAGUGACCGGGAAAGUCCUGAACACUUACAACGGCAGAGAUCUGGCUCUUUUCACUCUCCACUGACACAUAAAAACACAAAUCUAACUCAAAGAAGGAAGUCCGAUUCAUUUGUUUUGUCAGAUUUUUCAACAAAUCCAACCUCCUUCAAAGAUGGGUUCAUAGACACGCAUUGUCACCUGGAUAUGCUGUUUGGAAAACUGUCAUUUAAAGGCUCCUUUGCAGAGUUCAGAAGAGCCUACAAUACUUCUUUCCCUGUGGAGUUCCAAGGUUGCAUUGCAGAUUUCUGUGAUCCUGAUACACUGCAUAACCUUCAGUGGCAGGAUUUGCUGGAAGAGGACAUGGUGUGGGGGGCAUUUGGUUGCCAUCCACACUUUGCACAGUAUUUUACAAACCAACAGCAGGAAGAAAUAAUGAAAGCUCUUCGACACCCAAAGGCUGUUGCCUAUGGUGAAAUGGGGCUGGAUUAUUCCCACAAGUGUUCUACAAAAAUCCCAGUGCAACAAAAGGUGAGAAACCUUAACCUAAAUAGUCUAUCUAGGUUUUCCAAAAAAAGGACUUUCUUUCAUAGAUGUAUUGUGGUGUUCUGCAAUUUAUUUAUUUUUUUUCAAUUUGACAGUUUUUAUUUUUGAAACGUGAAAGCAAAAAAGGGGGGGGGGGAGUUACAGACAUAGGUAUCUGCAAAUUGCACUGUGUCAUAGAGUUUUGCUUCACAGAGUUUUGCAUAGAGCCUCCUCAAUCAGUAUAUACAGCAUUGAAAGGGUAUCGUUGCGUAACCUGAGGCUGGUAUCAGGUGUGCUGUCUAUCCAAUACCACUGGUAUGGUUCUGUUUGUCAUAUGUUGGGAUGAGGAUCGUAGGGGGGUAUGAGCCUGUUGGUUGGGGGGGGAGAUGGGAGGGGGGGUUGCUCCAACGUCAGUGGGGUCCAUCAGAAUCGCACCUCGGGUUCAUCCCCGUAUUGCCCGUUUCUGUCUCGUGUCUCUUAGCUAUCGACUUUAUAUCUGUGUCUCUGUAUGUGCGUGUGUAUUCUCCUCUGUCUUCUAGUCUGUGGCUCUUUUGGCCCAAUUCUCCCAAACCUCCCGUUUCCAGGGUUGGUGUGUUGUUAUAGAGGCGGUGUGCAUUUCGUAGCUCCCCACUGUUGAGACAUACUUAGUCAGUUCUUGCAUAGUCGCUGUGGAUGUGGAAAGCCAAUUUCUGGCAAUGUGUGUCAAGGCUGCGAUUUGGAUGUGGUAUAUCAAGUAUUUAUCGGCUGGGGGGUAUUGGUCUUUGUAUAUAAACAGUAAGAGGGAGGCUGGGGAGUUGGGGACUGCAAUGUUUGUAUGUGAGUGAAUGAGGGAAAGAACCUCUUUCCAGUAGCUCUGUAUGAUGUCACAGCCCCACCAGAUGUGUAGGAAUGUGCCUGUGUCUCUAUGGCAUCGCCAACAGGUGUUUGGUUGUGAUGGCAGUAUCUUAGCCAGGCGUGUGGGAACCAUGUACCACCUGUAGGCAAUUUUGCGCAUGAGUUCCAUGUGAGCUGCGCAGGCUGACCUGCCUUUGUAGCUGUUGAUGGCUUUGAGCCAGGUGUUUUCGGGUAUUUGACAGCCUAUGUCUGUUUCCCAUGCUUUGGCCCACGGGAGAUGGCAGAGUUCUGUGUUAGUGUUCAGGAGUGUGUAGAUGGCGGAAAUGGGCCCCUUGGCAGGUGCUCCUGCAAUUAAGCGUUUCUCAAAGUGUGUAAGGAAGUGUGUUUGGGGAUCUGGUGCUGGGAUCUUCAUAUGCAUGAGCCAACAGGACCUCAGUUGUCUAUAGGAGAAGUGCGCUAUGCUUGGGAUAGUGUAUCUGGUGCUAAGGUCAUGAAAUGACAGCAGUGUUCCUUUGUUUUGCAGGUCGUGCAGGUGUGUAAUUUCACAUCUGUUCCAUAUCUUAAAAUUGAACUCAGGGAUCAGCUCCGCCAGCGAUCUGAGGGACAUGGCCAUUGAAAUAGGGCGGCAGCUGCACAAACGCGCACGGGAGGUGUCCCAUAUUUUCAGGGUUGCGGUUGUGGCCAGGAGCGCUUGCUCCAAGUUUGGCCUUGGGGGGUGGGGGGGUUUAGCCACAUCAGGGUGGAUAUGUUGAGCCGGUUUGUCCAAAAGCUCUCGAUAGAUACCCACUGCGGUGCGUCUAUGUGAUGGUGGGCUGCCACUAGACUGGUCAGGAUUGAUGCUCUGUAGUAUCCCUCAAGGUUAGGUAGGCCCAUGCCUCCUGCCUGUGUGGUCCUAUAGAGGGUUUUUGUGCCUAUUCUGGGCUUUUUGCCGUUCCAUAUGAACAUAUUAAUUUGUUUUUGCAGCACUUGGAAGUAACAUGUUGGGGCUAUCAGUGGGACUGUCCUAAAUAGGUAUUGCAACUUAGGCAGCAAUACCAUUUUUACAGCAGCAAUGCGUCCUGACCAGGAAAUGUGUUUAUUUCUCCAUUGUUGGAAGCUUUCUAUUAUUCCUUUGCUCAGUUUGACAUAGUUGAGAUCGUAAAGUUUUGGGGAUUAUGCGGAAGUCUGACACCUAAAAAGGUGAGGUAGUCUGUUCUCCAGUCAUAUGUAAAUUCUUUCUCAAGGUCUGACCUGUCGGUGCUCUCCAUCCUCACCCCCAUGGCUUGUGUUUUUGUGAGAUUAAGCUUAUAAUACGAACACCUGCUGUAUGAAUGCAGUAUGUCGUGAAAUGCUGGUAGCGACGUCUUGGGAUCUGUGAUGGUGAGGAGUAUAUCAUCCGUGAAAAGGUUUAAUUUCAUUUCCCUGCCGUCUAUGCGCACCCCAUGUAUACAAUUGCCAGGAUAUACAAUAUGGGUGACAGGGGGCACCCCUGGCUGGUCCCAUUUGUUAUACAAAAGGGGGUUGAUCUAAAGCCAGCGUUGAAUAAUCUAGCCGUGGGCUUAUUGUAGAGCGCCUUAAUCACCGCCAGGAACUGGGGGGGGAAUUUAAAUUUUUCGAGGACCGCCUGGAGGAAUGACCAGUUCAGGCGGUCAAAAGCCUUUUCGGCGUCUAAUGAUUGAAGUAUGCUGUUAGUUGACGAUCGGUUCAUGCCUUGUAAAAGGGCGAGCGCUUUGCGUGUCCCGUCUGCCCCCUGUCUCCCACUAAUGAAACCUACUUGGUUGGAGUGGAUCAAGGCAGGGAGGAUACCUUUCAACCUAUUCGCGUAAACUUUCGCCAUUAUUUUAAUGUCAGUAUUCAGCAGGGAGAUGGGUUGGAAGUUGGCGCAUUUCGUGGGGGGCUUGCCUGGUUUGGGAAGCGUGGAUACGUUAGCCUCCAGCAUCUCCUGUGGAAGCUUACUCUCAGUAGUUGCUGUUGCAAAUAGUUUUGCCAUCUGGGGGGAGAGGAUGGAGGCAAACUUUUUGUAAUACAAGUUGGGGAAGCCGUCAGGGCCUGGUGAUUUGUGAGGAGGCAAUGUCGCUAUCAUUCGUUCUAUCUCUUGUGGCGUAACUCUGUCCGUCAAUAGGCGGAUUUGGUCGUCUGUCAGUCUGGGGAGAGUUACUUGGUCUAGGAAUUGGGAAAUGUCUGUCGGUGUGAGUUGGUGCGUCGCCGCAUCUUCUCGUAGGUUAUAUAGUUUGCUAUAAAAUUUUGCAAAGGCAUUGCAAAUAUCUUGGGGUUUGAUAACUUUUUUGCCCUCGUCAGUCAGUAUGUAUCCUAUUUUUGUCUGAGCGUUAGCUGUGCGCAAUCUAUUGGCGAGUAAGGCGCUCGCUUUAUCACCCAUGACGUACUGUUUUGCCCUGUGUAGUCGGUCCAGCAGCAGCAUAUCGACCGGGAUGUCUGGUAAUAGAGCCUUGAAGAAGCCGUUUACAAAGGCAGGGAGGUCUGCUUCCAGCACCUCUUCCGGGAUGCCUCGGAGUCGCAGAUUGCUUUGGCGUGACCUAUCUCCUAGGUCCAUGAGCUUCACUUCAUAUUUGGCAAGUUGUGAGUCAAGGGUUUGGAUCCUGUCGACAGCUUGAUUGUGGGCAUCCACAAUGUUAUCCACUUUUGUUUCCAGGUGUCCAGUUCGUGACCCCAGAUCGUGUAGGUCUCUCUUGAUCUCGGCCACGCUUUCUUGCCAGGUGGCGAUCAGCUUGGUUGAUUGUUUGUCCAGGGCUGCUUGUAGUAGUGAGGCCGUGAGCCCCAUUUCGGACUGUGUGUCCAGAUCUGAGCGGGGGCUGCUCCCGCCGGAGUACCCGGCGCCAUCUUGAAGGCCUGGUUCAAUUUGUAAGGCUGGCGGCUUUUUUGGGGCGAAAAAGUUCAUUUUGUCGCCUUUGUCAGUAUGUCUCCGUGUCUUGGAGUGUGGCAUGACGGCUUGUGUGGCUAUCAGUCCCAGCUGUGUGCCGGAUUGGGUUGCAUUGCCUGGCUCGUGUUGCGGAGCUCAGAGCUCAAGCGGCCAUCUUACUCCGCGGUCAGGACACGCCCCGUGUUCUGCAAUUUAGAGAGGAUGAAUGGACCAUUUUGUCAUUUUGUGACAUUUUUAAUAAGCAUAAAAAUUGCUUUCAUGUUUCUGUUGCACUCUGCCGUGCAGUAUGGGGAAAGGUUAGCCAGGAAUCCGCUGACACUCUCUGCCUCUCAGAGGCCGUCUGGUUCACCCUUUCUUGUAGUGCACUGCAGAGAGGAAUACAAACUGGAAACAGAUAUGCCAGGCACCGGAGCUCCAAAUUUGAGGUUAAACCGUUGCCCCCAUAACAACUUAAAUGGGUGUUAGUUGUUUGGGGUUGGGAAUGUUCCUUUUAAUGUAGAUAAAGUAGCAUUUGUUUAACAUCAGUUAUUUUAUUUAAUUUUACUUAUUCUUUGUUGAGGUUUUUGAGGAUCAGCUGAAACUUGCAGUUUCGCUAGGGAAACCUCUGGUGAUUCAUUGUCGGGAUGCAGAUGAGGAUUUGUUCCGGAUUAUGAAGAAGUUGGUUCCCAGUGACUACAAGUUCCAUCGGUGAGAUAUGUAUCUUAUUCUGUACACCAUUUUUUCAUAGCUCUCUCUCAUACUCUAAACCAAGCAUGUCAAAGUCUGGCACGGGCCACAUAAACAAGGUUUAAGUUCAUGUGGGCUGCAAAAAAAAAACCUUACAUUUUCAUAGAAACUUAGGUUUAUUUUAAAAAGUACAGUAUAUGUAAAAGAAAAACAAAAAAAAACAGCAUUCUCCUCUACUAAAUCACAGCAAACCCUCUCUACUAAAUCCUAGCCCCCCCCUCUACUAAACCACAGCACCCCCCUCUACCACCCUAUGCCAAAUCUGAUCCUCCCGCUACUUCUUGAAACCAUGUGAAGGUGGAGCACGUUGAUGUCAAAUGGCAUUCCGUGCCUCCAUGCAUCUCCACUACUCCACUGUCCAGUCGCAGUCAAUGCAACACUGACCAACACACACACACUCACUCACAGACAGACACACACACAUUCUGACAGAUACACACACACAUACUCACUGACAGACACUGACAGAAACACACACAUACUGACAGACACACACACACACAUACUCACUGACAGACACUGACAGAAACACACACAUACUGACAGACACACACACACACAUAUUCACUGACAGACGCGCAAACACACACAUACGGACACACUGACGGACACACACACACUCACUGACAGACACUCACAGACAAACACACACACUGACAGACACACACACACUGACAGACACACACAUCAUUUAAUUUAUUGUUCCCUACCUUUGGGAGCUGGUGUGGGAAUCUUCUGUCUGGAGAUCUCCUUCCUGCCCCCUCCCGCGGUUUAGUGAUGUCGGGUGCCAGAAUAUGACAUCAAAUUCCGGCGCCUGGCUUCACUAGAGACGGUGCACGAGAGGAAGCAGUGAGAAGCAGGAACACUGAGCUCCCUCGCUGGCCCUCCUCCCCGGCCGGGUAAGUUUUAGCAGAGUAGGCACCUGCAAUGUGGGGAAAGCAGGUGCUAUACUCUGCUUUAACACCAGCAUGUAUUUGCGGCUUGCGGGGGCGCAAAGAUGGUCCUUGUUGGCCGCAUGCGGCCCACGGGCCGAGAGUUUGACAUGUUUUCUCUAAACCAUGUCUUGAUGUACAUGCAGAAUGACAGCAAGAACUUCACAAGAGCAGUCACUCAGACGGCCACUAGAGGUGCUUCCUGGGUCAGUGCUGCACAAUGUGCAGCACUGGCGUUCAGCGUCCACGUUCUGCAUGGAAACGCUGAACCUUCUCCAUAGACAUGCAUUGAUUCAAUGCAUCUCUAUGAGGAGAUGCUGAUUGGCCAGGGCUGUGUUGACAAUUCUGAUGAUGUCAACCAAGAAGGCGAAUCAGGGGCAGGGCCAGCACCGGUGGACCAGCUGGCGCUGGAAUAACGAUGAUUUCUUACUGCAUUAAAGGGAGUAGAAGGGGGCUAAGUAGUGUUUUUAACACUAUAUGGUGAGGAAUACACAUUUGUAUUCCUGACCCUAUAGUGCUACUUUUACGUUUGGGUUGCCGAACUGCUGACUUUGAGAAUUUUUCCAGUUCAGCAAUUUUGACCUUAAAUUUUAAAUAUAUAUAUUCACUUUGAAUUCUCAUUUUACAGGGUUACUAAAGGUGCGAAGUCAUAGUGAAUUCAAAAUGAAUUUUAACAUUUGUGGUUAAAAGAGCCAAACUAGAAAAAAUCAGGAAAGUUAGCUAUGCUUUCAAUUAGGCUCUUCUGGCCUUAAAUUUGAAAUUCACUUUGAAUUCUCAUUUGAAUUCAAAUAACCUUGUUAGUCAAUUACCCUAUUAGUGUAUGUAUAAUGACUUUCUAUAUGUCCUUUAGGGUGAAAAUCAAGUGUUGAUUUUAUUAUGAUCCCUACCACCUAUAUAGUGUUUAUGUGGUAUCAUAUUGAAUUUUAUACCCUUUUUCCUUCUCAUUUUGUACUGUAUUCUGAUAUUAUUUAUUUUUAUAUUGAUCUCUAGACUGUUUUCUAUCAUGUACAUGACUAGUUUAUGUAUCAAACAUUUUCCAAUAACUUGAAAAGAUGUAUGAUGAUAAAUAAUCUGUGUAUGUUCCCUCGUUAGGCACUGCUUUACUGGCCCUUACAGUCAAAUCGAGCCUUUUCUGAACGAGUUUCCAAACAUGGCUGUUGGUUUUACUGCACUUGUGACAUACCAUUCUGCUACCGAUGCCAAAGAUGCUAUGAAACGAAUACCUCUGGAACGGCUGCUUGUCGAAACAGAUGCCCCUUAUUUUUUGCCUAGACAGGUAUACCUAGUAUCCAUUACUAGUUAUUCAUUAUGUUUGUUGAUUUGGAAAUAACUUUAUUAAUUAUUUUGUUUCAUAUUGUAUUGGAUGAGGAGGGGGAACAUAAGGUUCCCUUUGUACAUAACCUGUCAAAAUGAUAUAGAUUUUUUUUUUUAAUGAUAUCGACUUUUCUCAUUAUCAUUCCUUUCUUUAGUUAAUAUUAUUUUGCCUUUUGUUGCUGUAGCUUCUAGCCUUAGCUCUGUUGAUGUUUGUUAAAGGAACACUAUAGGAUCAGGAACACAAACAUGUAUUCCUGGCCUUAUAGUGUUAAAACCAACAUCCACCCGCCCUCUCCUCUCCCCAUAGCAAAAUCUUAUGUUUAUUGCAGUCUGCUACUGCUGGCUCUGCCCUGAUCUGCCUGUUUGGCUGACAUCAUCAAAAGUGAUGUUCUGAGCCAAUCACAAUGCUUUCACAUAGGAAAGAAUUGGAUUGCCUGAGCUUGACAAGAGGCAUUAUCAGGGGCAGAUCCAGCACAAGCCAAACACUGCCCUGGCCAAUCAGCAUCUCUUUAUAGAGAUGCAUUGAGUCAAUGCAUCUCUGUGAGGAAGGUUCAGUGUCUGAAUGCACAGGGUGUAGACACUGAAUGUCAGUUACACUGUGCAGCACUGCCCCAGGAAGCACCUCUAGCAGCCAUCUGAGGAGUGGCCAGUGGAGGUAUCCAUAGACUAUAACAUAAACACUGCCUUUUCACUGAAAACACAGUGUGUGCUGCAAAAAGCCUGAAGAGAAUGAUUAUACUCAUCAGAACAAAGAAGAGUAAUCUGUAGUUGUUAUGGUGACUACAGUGUCCCUUUAACAACAUUUCCAAAAAUGCUUUUUAAGCAGCUGUUGUUCACCAACAUCAGCUGUGCUAAUUUUAUAUAUCUCUGAUCUGUAACACAUUAUAGGACUGCCUAGAUAUCUUAUAAUUAUUACUGGUAUUUAUAAAGAGCCAAAAUAUACCUACAUUAUAUACCGUAGGUUUAUGAUAUCCACCACUAAGUCAAUAAAAUUUAACUUUUUGUUUUGCUUUUGUUCUUUAGGUCCCCAAAGGUGUAUGUAAAUUUGCACAUCCCGGUCUUGCACUGCACACUAUUCAGGAGAUCGCUAAACUGAGGAAUAUAUCAGUGAAAUCUGUUCUGUCAGCUCUACGCAAAAACACCAACCAGCUUUAUAGUAUAUAAUUACUUCAAACUCUGACUGGCCUACUUUCUAAGUUGCUGAAACUUUUUUGGAACUAAUUAGAAGACACAUUAACAUAUUUCAUUUUUUUUUUUUUUUUUUUUCACUGUGUGGUUUGCCUUAAAACAAUCUAUAUUAUUGUUGGUUAAAUAUUACAGCAAUAUACAUGUCACAGUUCUUCUGAACCUUUGAAUGUUUUCUUGACCAAUUUGCAUUUAGAUUUUCUCGACUCUCCUAGGACAUGCUAUGCCUUUAAGCUCUGGUAAGGAUAAAGCACUUUAAGGGUAGGUAUUUGAACAAUUUGCAAACAGUUUGACAACUUACCUUCUGCAGCCAGAAGCUCUUGCCAUUUCAGGCAGGGUCUCAGAUCAGCGGCUGAGAGCAUCAGCUGAGCCUUCUCAUCCAGUUAGUGCCUCCUUGCCUUAUAUGACUUAGCUCAGUGCAGAGUGUUUUAGCUGCAAAGUGGUGUUUGCUGACCCCAGCUAAGUUUUCACACUACAUGCAAACUGUUUGACUAAGUACAGUAGGUGGGCACCAGGGUACUCCUGACACCACAACCAGUACAGAGGUUAAAGGAACACUCCAAGCACCAUUACCAAUACUGCCCAGUGUAGUGGUUAUGGUGCUAGAAGUUUUAGAAUGGUUUGACUUCUUACCUGGGGCUGUCAAUCCCUGCUUCCUAAACUCCAUUACAUUUAACAGAGAGCCCCUUCUUAGGAGCUUCCAUUAGCGCUCCUGAACUAAGUCCUGUAGUGUCUAUCUCAGCCAAAGAACUAAGCCAUGGACUGUCAGGCUUAGCUCAGACAGAGCGCUUCUGGCUUUUUGUAGGAUGUAGUGGUGGUGGGGACCCCAGGUAAGAUGUCAGUGUUCUAAGACAGUUUGUCUACUUGAAACGCUGGGCACUUCUAUCACCAGUCUGCUGUAGUGGCUUUGGUGCUUGGAGAGUUCUUUUAGUAAUGUUUAAAAGUAAGUUUAACAAUGUAGCAUUGAGACAUAUACGUACUAGCAGUUGACAAUUUAAACAUUGUUCUGAACAUACAAUAUAUUUUUUAUUUUGCUCCGCUCCCAAUGAUUGAGACUUUUCUUAGAGUUCUGUAAAAUUGUAAAACCAGUUAUGGUAGUAACCCUUUAAAGCGUGGCAUUUUCCUUAAAGGGAACUAAACAUUUCUUAUUUUAGUGACAUAAACUUAUGUUUGUAUUCUGGAUUGCAGUCCCAGACUUUUAUUAUUUGCUGCUUCAUACGAGCACUUUUUAAAUUGGAGUUUCUGUCAAUUAACAUUCAGAUUCCGCUUUUCUUUUAUACUUGUUAUUGCUCACGUUUGGCUAAAAUACAGAAUUUUGUGAGUGUUUUCAUUGACACACAAUACUAAUACUCCCAUAAGUAUCUCACAAAGGCACAUUCUCUGGCCAAGUACAUCAGUCUCCUUAUAUGAAACACAGAGAGGUGUGCAAUCUUUCAUUGUGAUGGGAACACUUUGACCAGGAAGGAGGACUGGGUUCAAUGCUCAGUAUACUCUGGGAGUUAUAACUAGACGCAGAUCCUCAUAGGUUUUGGGACAUUUGUGUGUGUAGUUUCAAAGGCAGGGUAAGCAAGGGUGCAUGUGUUACUUUUUCUUCAGUUCAAGAAGGAAACUGAUUUGUUUUACUUUGUGACUUUCGACACUGAAUUAGUCUUACUCAAUUCCUCUAAAGUCCCUUUGUCAGAUGUGAAAUGGUGGAAUAUUGUAGGUAAAUAUUUUAUUAAUGAAUACCUUAAUAAUGGAUUAUGUUAUCCAGCAUAAGUAUGUUUUAUUUUUAGAAUAAUUUUAUGUUUUAUCUUCAGAUUAUUAUUUUAACUUAUACCUCAAAUACUACUGACAUAGAAGUGAGACGUAUUGAAUUGAUCGCAUGCCAAUCUGUAUGUUCCCUCAAUAAUGCUUGCAGAAUCCUACACUGUGUAGGAAAUGUUUGUUUGCCAUUUUGUCAUUUCUCUUGGGCAGUGCGAGAACGCAUGGAAGUCACACAGCUGUUUGCAAUUGAUAACCUAGAUAUGAAUUCAAUUUUGCUCCAUUCUUUCCUCUACUAGAGCUUCUUCCUAUACCUAUUCAUAUUAAAAAUCAGGAUUACAGUUCUACUUACUGACGUUGACAUCAGAUUUAACCAGAAAGGCUGCAUUUGUUUCCCCAAAGUAUGGUCUGGGAUAUAGAUGUUAUUAUUGCCCAGCUAAAUUAAAUCUAUAAAGGUUCAGCAUAAUUAAUGACUGAAUUGAGCUGCAUUUACUGAAUUAAAAUAUUAUUAAAAUUU